AUGCCAGUUGCCAUUGUCACCGGCGCCGCGUCAGGCAUUGGACGAGCCAUCGCCCUUCGCCUAGCAGACGAUGGAUUCAACGUCAUGAUAGCGGACAUUCCACCGCAACAGGCCGCUUCAGAGGGAGUGGUAGAGGAGAUCACAGCCAAAGGAAGAAAAGCUCACUACGUCCCUGUCGACGUGUCCAACCAAGAGCAGGUCAAGGCCAUGGUUGCUGAGACAGUGAAGGUCUUUGGCGAGGUGAACGUGAUGGUGUCUAACGCUGGCAUCCUCGACACGAUGCCGGUACUGGAGAUCAGUCUAGAAAGAUGGGAGAGGACCAUGGCCGUCAACUUGCGUGGCGUCUUCCUCUGCCACACUACUGCGGCGAGACAGAUGGUCAAGCAAGGCAAAGGAGGGAAGCUCAUUGCAGCCUGUUCGAUAUCAGGCUUCCGUCCUAGUGGCCAGUGUCCCGCAUACUGUACCAGUAAGUGGGCUGUCCGGGGCUUCACCCAGACGUGCGCCGUGGAAUUGGGUAAGUACGGCAUCACAGCCAAUGCAUAUUGCCCGGGUUCAGUGCCCACGAAUAUGUCGAAACAGUUCUCAGAGAAGCUGGGUAAGAACGUGGGCAGUUCAGACAUAGACGAGGCGUACGAGAAGUCAGCAUACCGAGUUAGCGCUCUUCAGGUGGAUUUACAAACGGAGGAUAUUGCCGGCCUGGUCAGCUUCCUGGCUGGCAAGGAUUCAGACCGCAUUACGGGUCAGAGUAUGAUUUGCGAUGGUGGUCAGUAUACCCUCUGA